AUCGGCCAUUUCGGUGUCGCCACGUCGGGGUGACGGUGACAGGAGGCGGGUCUCCGGGACGGCAGGGGGGCGGAGGCGGAUGAGCCUCGGCAGCAAAGCGACCGCAGCAGACGGCAUAAGGAGCGAGGCGGCUGGCGACCAGUAGAGAAGGACAAAUUAGGCAGUCAUGGAUAUCCGCAGAAUCGUCCAGAAACUAGAAGCGGCAGGGCAGUCGCACCUCCUGCAGUUCUGGGAUGAUCUGAGCCCCGAGGAGCAGGCGGACUUGAUGCAGGACUUGGAGAGCAUGGACUUCACAGAGAUCAACGGCUUCUUUGCGGCCGCCAUGGUGUCUAGCCAGGCCAGCAGCGAGAAGGUGGACAGCCGGAUGGAGCCCGUGCCCAAAGACGUUCUGGGCAGCACGACCCGCGACCGAGACCAACUGAAGGCGUGGGAGGAAGAAGGACUCCUUCGUAUUUCCCAGAACAAAGUGGCCGUUCUUCUGCUGGCUGGCGGUCAGGGGACCAGACUGGGGGUCCCGUAUCCCAAAGGAAUGUGCAACGUUGGCCUUCCAUCCCGCAAGACUCUCUUCCAGAUCCAGGCAGAGCGGAUUCUAAGACUGCAGCAGCUCGCAGAACAGAAACACCAAAGCAAGUGCUGUAUACCAUGGUACAUAAUGACCAGUGGCAGAACCAUGUCCUGCACCAAAGAUUUCUUUUCCCGACACAAUUACUUUGGCCUGAAGGAGGAAAACGUCAUAUUCUUCCAGCAAGGAAUGCUGCCCGCCAUGGACUACAAUGGGAAAAUCAUCUUGGAAGGGAAAGGAAAAGUUUCCAUGGCACCAGAUGGGAAUGGAGGUCUGUACCGAGCCCUGGGAACUAACAAGAUCGUGGAGGACAUGGAGAAGCGAGGGAUGGCCUACGUCCACGUUUACUGCGUGGACAACAUCCUGGUGAAGGUGGCGGACCCCACCUUCGUCGGCUUCUGCGUGCAGAGAGGAGCGGAUUGUGGCGCCAAGGUCGUAGAAAAGACCAACCCCACAGAGGCGGUGGGAGUGGUGUGCAAGGUGGACGGCCGCUUCCAGGUGGUGGAGUACAGCGAGAUCACCCUAACGACGGCAGAGAGCCGGGGUCCCGAUGGCCGGCUUGUGUUCAACGCGGGGAAUGUGGCCAACCAUUUUUUUACCCUGUCCUUUCUCAAAGACGUCGUCAAUGUUCACGAACCCCAGCUGCAGCACCACGUGGCACAGAAGAAAAUCCCAUACGUGGACACACAAGGACAACUAAUCAAACCGGACAAACCCAAUGGGAUCAAAAUGGAAAAAUUUGUCUUUGACAUCUUUCAGUUCGCCAAGACCUUCGUGGUUUAUGAGGUCUUGAGGGAGGAUGAGUUCUCGCCCUUGAAAAAUGCUGACAGCCAGGAUGGGAAGGACAAUCCUACCACGGCCCGGCACGCUCUCAUGUCACUGCACCACCGCUGGGUCCUCAAUGCUGGUGGCCAUUUCAUCGACGAGAAUGGUACCAGAGUGCCGGCCAUUCCCAGACAUGGAUCCGCGGGAGGUGUCGGGCCCAAUGUGAAGCUAAACUUGAAGGACGGAACAGAUCUACCAAUCAAGUGUGAGAUCUCACCAUUGGUCUCCUAUACAGGAGAGGGGCUCGAGGACCUCCUACAAGGCCGCGAGCUCCACCCUACCCUGGUCAUCGACGAGAACGGCAUCCACGAGCUGGUGAAGAAUGGCGUGUGAUUGGCUGUCUUCCUCCCCGCCCUCGUCAUAUCAGAGAAUGUCGACAUAUAUAUGUGCAAUAAACCAAAGGAAGGAAGCUAGUGGAAGAGAAAAAAAAUCAACUUAUUUAUUUUCAUAUGACCUUUUCUAUCAUUGUAGUAUCUGUGGAAUUAGCUAUGCACUCAUUUAUAAGAGUAAUUUAUACAUGGAACUGUACAUGUGUUCGGUGUUUUUCCAAAUUAAAAUCCUGUUUAUAGACCUAUUUAAUUAAGGUGCAAAUGAUGGGUUUUAUACUGUCAGCAUGAAUCUAAGUUGUUUUUAUGGCUGUUAUUUCCAUAUGUUUAAAGACGGAAUGUUAAAACAUGGAAUAAACAGGGCAAGUUCCUGGUGAACAUGUUGGCAUGGUUUCCGUAUUAGAGGUCCAGGCCUCUGCUGAAUCAGAGUUUCCAGAGCACCGAGUAUGGAUGGAUUUUUGACGCGGCCGAGUCUGCGAUAGUCAUUCAGGAAAUGCUGCUUUUCCGUCUUUCGCUCUUUGACAUGUUUGGGCCGCCGUCACUGGUGGUGUGUGUCCGUUACCGCUCAGACUCCACGUGAUCCCGUGGAGCAGAGCAUGGCGGCACCUCUGAAUGACUUAAACCUCUUAAAUCCGUUUGUGUCGUGAUGGUGUGUUAGACCCGUACGUAAAUAUCCUGCGCUUGUGCACAUCCACAUCCAUUAAAAAGUCAUUUGGAGGAAAGUCGUGCAUAUUCUCCAAAUUGUUCUUUGGAUCUUGAAGUGAAAUUCACAUAAAUGUAUAGAUGUUUCAGACUUCUGUACCAAAGUUUGAUUUGAAGCUGUGCUGUUUUUACAUUUAAUUUUUUACCUCCUUUGAAAAAACGUGAUAAUAUAAAAUGGUAGUACCCUUAAAUGCAUAAUGUGUGACGUUCCUUAUACCAUUUUUUUAGAUUUCAUUUUAAUCAUUGAAUAAAUGCUAACAUGAGACUA